GCCUGUCCACUGUUUAUAAAACAAACAAAAAUAUUUAUUUAAAUAAGAAAUAUUUAUUUUAAGCAGGAAAAAAUUAUUAACACAAAAUCGUAAAGUCAUCAUGUCAUGUCUAGCAGAAAAAAUAAGACGUCAAGAAAUAGAAAAAUUUGAUUUUGCUAGUGAAAUUAAAAAUUUGAGACGAAUUCAAAGAAACCAGCAUUGCACUCCGCAAAUUAGAAAAAUUGUAAUAUCGUUAAUUGAUAUUGCUAGUGACACCAAAAAGUACUCUACUGAAGCAUUAGAAGAUUCGAAGCUACGUAUUUUAAUUCUAAAGAACAAAUUUAAUAUCAAAGAAAAACAUGACGAUCAACUCAAGAUAAAAAAGUUUCAAAAAAGUAGUACAAAAAAAAAAGUUGACUUAGAGGAAACAGGACCACAAGAGAUAUCGAAUUGUCCAAACGUCCGAUCAAAAUUAAUACAAUUCAAAAUCAGUAGUGUAAAAGAAAAACCAGCUCCGAAAAUUGUAAAUCAUAAUUUAGGAUUUUCAUCUGCACAAAACGAUAACUAUGAAAAGGAUAAUAGAGUAAACCGAAUAUCUACCGAUAUAAGAUCAAUAGAUUCUAUGAAUUCAGAACUGAAAAAAGAAAUCAUUAAAGAUCUUCAAAGAGAUUUAUUCGAGCCAUCGGAACAACUACAACAAAGUGCUACCACAACAACAACGACAAAUUCUAAAGGAAAUCAAAUAAACUUACAAAAUAUUGAUAAAAUCAAGACUUUGAAAAUAGUAAAGAAAAGCAAUCCGAACAUAACAGAAAAUGGACAAAAAACUUUUCAUGAUUUUCCAUCAAAAAAAACUUUAGAAUCUAACAAUAAUUUACCGUAUGAUAAGAGGUAUCAUUCAAAUGAGAAUAUAAAGGCUAUAUCUGCAGAACGAAUUGUACGCGAUCCUAGACUUCGAAAGUUACAAUGCGUAAAGACGACAAAUGAAGAAUCAAUUUUUACCAAAAAAGAUCAAAAGGAUGAACCUUUGAAAGACGAUGAGCAAAAAUCUAGAAGUAUCAAUACAAGAAUUGAAGGACAGGAAUGUCUAACGAUAGAAGACUUAAAAGAGCAUCUUUAUGAAGAACAAGUUCCAGGAGAUGAACUUUUAGAAGAGCAAAUUACAGAUGAGCUUCAGAUUGUCAGUGAUCAAUCAAAAGUUCAAAACAACACAAAUUAUUCUAAAACUGUGAGUUGUGAUGAUACACAAAACUUUGAAGAGAAGAAAAUUAACUAUCCUACCGACAAAAACAAUGAAGGACAAGAUAUUGAGUUUAGUGAAAUCCCUACGAAACAUCUGAUUGAAAAAGAAAAACUAUUUUCGCCAAAUAAAGCAAACAGUGUGUCUACGGGUCAAAUAUUAAGAAGCAUUUCUAGACGUGAAAUUCGUGAUUCUGAUUAUGAUAGUGACCAAAAUUCAGAAAAUGGUAUUGAAAUAACGUUAGAAUUGGCAGCAAAGCAGCAAAGUAGACAUGAAAAAAAAAGAAAAGCAACAAAACGCACUGGCGUUCAAAGAAGAUCAAAACGAUUAAAACAAAUAAAACCGGAAAUAAUAGAAGCGGAUGAAAAUACAGUCACGCCGCCAAUACCAGAGCAAAAUAUAAGUACAGAACCAACUGAAAUCAAUGAAUCAAAUGAAAUUUGUGAUCCCGUAGUAGAUAUUGGGUCGAAUAUUCCAAUAUUAAAUGAGCCGGUUUUGGAAGCCCAAUCAGGAUCACAAGAAUAUUGUUAUGAAAAAAAAUUAGAUGAAAUGGAAUUUUUGAUCAAAUCAGAACCAAUUCAAGCAGAUUUUGGAUUGACAUUAGACAUCAAUGUUGAACAAGAAUCAUCAGUUGAACUAGAUUUGAAGCCGAAAAUCAAAGAAGAAUUGGUUGAUUUGCCUGAUAAUGAGAUUGAAACAGCUCGUGUUACGAUUGAAAACUUAAGUUUUGUAAAUCAUCAAAUGAGUUUUCAAUUUUCAUGUCUCAAAUGUCAUUUUAUCAGUAUUGAAAGAUCAUUAUUUUUGGAACAUUUGAGUUUUCACAUAGACUUGGAAUGGUCGGGAUUCUGCUUUGCGUGCGAUACACAUGUUAAAGGAAAUGAUGGCAAUUUGUAUGAAGAGUUUGAUCAUAUGCUAAAAGUUCAUGUAAAAAACAAUGAUAUCAUUGUUUUAGACAAUGAGCCAAAAGCAUGUCCUAUUUUAAAAAUUAGGGACUUAGAUGGGGACCACUUGUCAAGAAAAUAUAUGUUGAAAUAAUGAAAGACAAUUUGUGUUUUUAAUUAAGACCUAUGGAGGGCAGAUGUUUUUGAACUAUUAAAUUGGAGAAAAAAUAUUUAUGUCACUUUUUAAUUUGGCUUUCCUGUUUUAUUUGAAUUUUAGACUAAAAAAAAGUCAACAUACAUAUAUUGCAUUUUUAUUGCAUUUUUUAACGAAGACAACAACUUAAUAUGGAAUUUGAUU